CACGGUCUCACCUCCCUCCCUCCGUCCUUGCUGUCCUGUCCUGUCCACCUUGCAUAAUUCAUAAUCUACGCGUCUCGACAAUCCCGACUUCACCUGACCCACCCGACUCAGUCGCUCGCGUCUCGCUGUGACUCGCUAAACGACUGGAAUUCUCGGAUUACGAGGAAUUGCGAUGGAUGGACACAUCGAUUAGCCGUUUUGUCGUUCAUGGUCCGGCCGGACUUGGUUCUGAGAUCUUCGGGGAGGUGUGAAGAUCUCACGUGAGACAGGCGGCGUGAGUCAGGCGGCGUGAGACAGGCGGCGUGAGAUAGGCGGCGUGAGAUAGGCGGCGUGAGGCAGGCGGCGUGAGGCAGGCGGCGUGAGACAGCUGAAGAUCUCUCUAGGGGCGUUGUGAGGGGCGCGUAUGCGGAAUGGCGAGGUAUUUAGGGAGGAAUAAACGGUGGGGCCGCUUUAACCUAUAAAGCCGAGGCGUCCCAAAGAAAGCUUCCGCAGCGCUUCCGAUUUCCCCGUGUAGGAGAGCGACAUUCUUUCUCGUGUAGGUCGCAGUGGCGUCACGAUCGGGUAACCAUGGACUCUAAACUGGGCGAACGUCGCGACUCCAUGCUUCGCAUGUCGCCGAAACCGCCACCAGAGCAGUGCCACACUCCUGCGACAGUUACACCUCCUUCGCAACAGUUCGCCAAGGGCUCGCCGAAGUCGCCAGCGCGAGCAGGUGUCGCGAGCUGCGUCUCCCUUCCCCGCCUCUUCGCUCUCCUCGUCCUCCUGGGGUGUGCCGGCUUGUGGCCGGCCUUUCUCCGCACCGCCGCGAAUCACGGCGACGAUCGCGGUGCUAGCACCGGAAAAGACGCCUCGGAGCCGUCAGAUUACCCUCUAGGUGCGCCAGCCGGCUUCUUCCGCGUGUUUGCCGGGCCGUCCGCGACUCGCGGCGGGUUCUCCGCGCGGCAGCUGAUGGAGAUGACGUCAGACGGCGCUUUAAGGGGAGGAGGGCGCCGAGAGGGGUGGAAGCUGCUGACGGGAGGUGAUGGUGUGACUGUAGCGGAAGGGACAAGGGCCGAGGCGAUAGGAGACGAAGCGAGGAAGGAGGGAGAAGAGGAAGGGGCGCAGGCGAGGGCGGGGGAUGAUGAGCGCGCCGGCCCGCCCGCCAGGCGGGGGGGAACUGCCAUGGAGCUCACCGUGCCAUCUCGUGACGCGCCUCAAGAGCCAUCUCAGGCGUCCCAAGCGCGGCACUCAGCGGCUGGCAAGGUUGCUGGCUCGCAGACGCCCCAAGCGCUGCCUGGUCCGCGGCUUUCUCCUGUGGCGCCUCCAGCGCUGCCUCCUGGCCCGGGCAGUGAGGCGAUGCCAGGAGCGCGCGCGGUGCAGGAUAGCGUGGAGGUUGGGGGUACGGUUGGGGUAGGGGAUGGGGCAGGAGAGAGAGGGGGGGAGAGAGGAAGGAAGAGUGGAGGAGGGGUAGGAGGAGAGGGAGGAGGAGGGGGCAGAGAAAGCAAGGGGGGAAGGGGGGAGGGAGGGGGAGGGGGAGAGAGAGGGGGAGAGGACAGCGGGGAAGGGAGAGGCGAGUGGGGGUGGCGGUGGGUGGAUGAGGGGGACACAUCCUGGCCGCUCUACUCCGCUGCAUCCUGUCCGUUCAUCUUCCCCGGGCAGAACUGCCGAUCCAACGGCCGGCACGACACGAGAUUCGAGCGAUACGCAUGGCGGCAGCGCGAGGAGGGGGAGACGGGAGGAGGAAUAGCAGUCGGCAUGGGAGGGGGAAAGAAGGGAGGUGGGGGGCAAAAUGUCGAUGAGAGAUCGUGGUGUGACGCAUUGGGGCAAGCGGGGGAUAGCACGACCGGCAUGGGGCAUGCCGGGGCUAAGGGGGCUAUGAUGGCACGCGUGGGGCAUGCAGGGGGAGCCAUGGCGCGCGUGGCGUUUGUGGGCGACAGCAUGAUGCGCAAUAUGUUCGAGAGCAUGGCGUGCAUGCUGCACGCGCGCUGCGGCCAUCCCCACGUGGUGCGCACCAACGUGGUGGAGAGAAUACUCAGAUGGGGCCAGCCGCAGUGCAACGUCACACUAGCUAACCUCAGGAGCAACUUCCUCGCCAACAUCACUUUCAAGGACCCCACCAACGAGUUCAAGGGCGCAACGCUGGACCUCUCUCAGCCAGACAACCGGUGGAAGAAGCGGGUGAAGGAGUACGACGUGUUCGUGGUCAAUUCAGGCCACUGGUGGACACGUGGCAAGCUCUCAGAGCGCCACGUGAGCUUCUCACGGCCCGACAAAUCCCUCGCUGUGCUCUCUGCCUACCGGAAAGCCAUCCGCACCACGCUGCACCGCUUUGCAUCGCGCCGCAUGACCAACAAGACAGUCAUCAUUACCACCUCCUCUCCCAACCACUUCUCCCAUAAACCCUCCAAUCCACGGUCUCUUGACUCUACACUUCAAUCCAACUCCCUUAAACUUAACUCCCUUGAGUCUCCACUUAGCCCCGACUCAGGCCCCUCUGAACGCUUAGCUAAGCGACGGAAAUUGCUUGAGGCUAGUGGUGCAAAGAAGUUAUCUAAGAGUAGAUCUAGUAAGAAGCGGGGAAGGGGGUAUUGUGAUGCGGUGGGGCCUGUGGGGAGCGAGGAGGAGGCUUAUAACGAGUACAGAGUGCAGUGGGAGCGGGUUGAACGGUUGAAUGAGGUGGUGAGAGAGGAGGUGAGGGAGUAUGGUAGGAGGCAGAGGGGGAGAGAGGAGAAGAGGAGGAGGAGGGAAGAGAGUGUGGGAAUAGGGAUGAGGAGGAAGUUACGGCAGGUGGUGGUUGGAGCAGCAGAAUCUGCUGCGGUACAGAGAAGGGCAUUGGCACGCCCAAUUGCUGGCUUGUUGUUACGCCCAGAUGUGUUGUCACGCGGUAACACCUCGUUACACGCCGACACCUCGUCACACGCUGGCUCACAGUCAGGUACGAAGGAGCAGGGGAGGCUACACCAGUGGCAAGAUAUUCAUUCAAUAAAUAAAAUUCUAGAAGAGAAGACCUUAGAGCAGGUGGAGUUGCAGCAUGAGAGGUUACAGCAAAAGGAUGGAGAACGGGUGGCACAAGCACGAGCGGGCGAGGGGGGCAAAAAGGCAAGCAGUGACAGGCCAGAGGUGGAGGGCUUAUGGAUGGAAGAGAGAAGGAUGGAAGGAGGCCAGGGAGAGGGGCUACAUGCACAGGGAGGGAGGUUACAGGCACAGGGGGAGAGUGUGGGGGAAGUGAGAGUGGAGGGGCCAAGGCUAGAGGGGGCGUGGGUAGAGGGAAAGGGUGUGGAGGGGCCAAGGCUAGAGGGGGCGCGGGUGGUGAUUCUGGAGGUAGCAGCGAUGAGCCUCAUGCGGCACGACGGUCAUCCAGGUGGCUUCUCGGGGCUGGCUGGCGGGCAGGCCGACUGCGCCCACUGGUGCUUGCCGGGUGUGCCAGAUGCGUGGAACGAGCAGCUCUUGAGACUCUUGUGUUGAUGGACUGGAAACAUGUGCACUUAAAGGAUGUGCACUUAAAGGAUUUGCAGUUAAAGCAUGUGCACUGAAAUCAUGUGUACUUACAGCCAACUGAGACUGCGCCCACUGGUGCUUUCUGGGCAUGCCGGAUGCCUCUGAAACUAGCAGCUGCUGAUGCAGCUGUGCUGAUUGAAGCUUCGCAUUGUAGUACGUUCUUGUUAUUACA